AUGGAGUCCGUGCCGCGCAAUGGGAAAACCACCUGCGGUGGGGACGUUUCCCACUUGGGGGCGCGCAUGGGCAAUUACUCACAGCCGAAACCCGCGGUGACGGAUAAAAAGGGACGACCUCUGAAUAAGGAUACCAGCGAGGAUUGUGGCUCUAGUGGCCCCACUACCUCAUGUGAUGCCAAUACAGCAUAUGCACUUAACUUACUGCGCGGGGGCAAAGGAAGUUCGCUGCGGGGAGUAUCGACCCACUCUGCGGGCUGCCAGAGUGAGAGUGGUGCCUCGUCAGUUGUUAGCUCAACGGAACACGUUCAAAAUAAUAAGGUGAGCUCCCUUCCGAGUAAAAAGCGGCGCAGGGGUAUUGUUGGCCCAGUUCCAGCCACAGCGGCCUCUGCACAUCCGGGGGACUUCUCACCUCGCACUUCCAGUGGAAGCGAAGAGAAAAGUAGCAACAGGGGCAGCGUUGCCACGUCUGCUUCCAACCAAGAGGCCACUUGUGCCGCGAACCCAAGCGGGAUCGAUUCUUCGCGGUGUAACUCGAAGAGGGCAGCAGUAGAAUACGCGAGCCUGAAGGGAACGUUUAUUGCGGGAAAGUUUGAAGCGGGAAGUUGCACGAAUGUGUCCCUCAUUCACUCUGUUGAUCGGGAGGUCGACGAAGAGACACGGGCCUCACUAGAAAACACGGGUGGGGUGGAAGCCACCGAGAAUGGCGGUUCUCACACCCUGGAGAUGAUAGUGAACUCGGCCUCGUCGUGUACAAAUGGCUUGGUGGUACCUAAAGGGGAUCAUUGCCCCAUUCUUACUUCAGACCUUCCAUUUCAUGCACGCAGGGGGGGCGAAGGCGACGUGUCUCUUCCGCCAUACCUUUUGCUCACUGAAAGGGACCUCAAGGUGUGCUGCCAAUCCUUUACCGCAAGGGACCAAUCUGCCGACGAUGGGGAUGAAGAUGGGGACGUGCUUUACGCAGGGAGCAGCGAGAGUGGCGGCGAUUCUCAGCUUUCGUAUCUCGACGAUACCGAUGAGCACAGCGCAAUUGUUAACAAGUUGGCGCCGCUAAGCGCAAGCACACUGCGACCGGCAGCGAAGUACUGGGGAGUUGGAGGGGAAGAAUAUGGGGAAGAUGCCUGUCGCGUGGGCAUUGCGAGCAGGAUUUGCUCUCUCACUGUUUCAAUUUGCCUAGCCACAUCAGAUCGCAUGGACCAACGCGGGUUCGCAUCGUCGUCGUCCGAACCACCAAACAGCAACCAACGGCGAGGCAAAUGUAAUGUGAGUGUCAACACCGCAUCCCUUGAGAGCGGCAGGGAAGGAAGCAUCGCAGGUGGGAGUGGCAACAAUGCUAACGGCGUAACCACGUCCUCAGGAAUUCGUGAAGAGGAGCGGAUGGAGAAGCUAUUAUAUCUGAGGAGGCAAAUUAAAUCGUUGGGAGGCAAGAAGUUGGAAUAUUUCUCACAUGCCUUCGGCUACAAGGAUUGCGACUGCCAGAAAGAUGUCGUUUGCAUGGCGGCUUCCGCCCUCGCCGUCUUCAUGUAUUUUUCCCCGCUUCCCUUGCCCCUGUUGGAGGAUAUCUGCCGAGAGCUUUCCAUUUCCACCGAUUGUGCAGGGAAGGAACCCCUUGACUUCAAUGUGAGGGCUGAGUGCCUUGCGGAAAAAAUAAGCAGUCACUUCUACCCUAUGUGCCGCGGCUUUCCUCCCGUUACUAAGUGCCCGUUGAUGCCACAGAUGCAGAUUCACGAACAUGCUCCUGGCCGCUACACCUGUACUGUUGACAAUGCUGAACUUCUGGAGGAGCUACCGCUACAUCGCCUGAUAAGCAACCAAUUCAGCUGCAAAAAAAUAAGAUGGCAAGCUAUAUUAAUGCUAUGUGACAAUGAGCUGACUUUCCACGUGUGGCAUCGUCAUAGUGGUCCUCUGCGUGCCCGUAUGGUGAUUCGGUCGCAGGACCCAAAGAGGAAGCGGAGGAACAACAAAAACAACAACAACAACAACAACGGCAGUGAGGGGAAUGGAGAGGAUUUAUCAAGUCAAAAUGCCCUCAAGGAACGUCCGGUACUGUUCCUGGAAAAGGAAGUAGAGGCUGCGCCAGGUGAGCUGGUUGGUUACGACAACUUUGUUCAGCUCACCGUCGCCUUGCGCAGCCAGGCCAAUGCACAGCGUGACUACAGACUCUACAAUUCCGCAGAAGACCGCCUCACAUUCCAGUUUGCCCUUAACUUGCUUAACCUCGAUGGAACUCCCUUUGCUGACAGCGGAAGUAAAAAGACCACCAGCAACACCAACAGCGGAAAGGGUGUCUCGGGUUCACAUCAAGUAAACUCGGCAGAACUGACGGGAACCUCGGCAGCGGAGGGGAAACGCCGAAAGGAGGUAGAGAAGGCCGUUCAAAAGCUUGAAAAACUCGAAACUCAGGAACGUGAGGCUCUCAAUAAAAUGUGUGUCAACGCUCACCGCCAGCUGAUGGAUGACUACAACAGGGGUUGUCAGAAGGCCGUACAGAAGAAGAAAGAACGUGAACGUAAGGCGCUUCUUGCAAAGGUUGGACCCAACCCGGAACUGCAGCGCGAGUUGAACUCAUUAACUCAAACGGUUGCCGCCAAUCGCACCCAAGUUGCAAAACUGUCAAAAGAAAAGGCCAAAGAGGAAGAAAAUGUGCAGAGACUCCAGAAUCAAAUUGAGGAGGACAACCGCAAGCUAGAGGAGCUCCGACGCCAAUUCAAAAGUUUGUGUGAAACUUUGUCGCGCAUUGAGAAAGACAAGAAGGCCCUGGUGGAACGCAAAAAGGAGUGGGAAGGGUUUGGGCAACAUCGAGGUGCAGACAUGCCGGUGGCUCUGAACAUACCGGGGCUGACGGCAACGCGCCACGACAAGCUGGCUAUCGACGAUGUCCAGUCCUUUCUUGUGUUCGCAGCAACGAAGGAUUCGGCUCUGGACGCAUCCGCGGGCACGCCUCCCUCUACCAACCUCACACCCCAACUCCAUCCUGCUGAACAAGGAACAACGGGGACACGUGCAGUUAGCCCAGUUGGCGUAACCGGCAGUUCCAUAAACGGUGCGGGGGUGUCCGUUCCGUUGCCGCGAUCGGCGGGCACGGUGGGUGGGGGUAGCAGCUUUGCGCCCCCCGCGACAGGUUGUCUUGCCAUGGAUCUAUCGUGGGAAUUAUACUCGAAGCGUCCGCCGUUUACUACGAUGCUGGCAAAUAACAACGGCGGAAAUGCUCUCGGCUCUCUGGCAGUCACUUGUGAUGCAUCCUCACCUCCGCCUUCACAGCGGCACCAACACCCGAUUGAUAUUUCACAACUCACGUGCGAGGUUAGUGACGAUGCACCCAUUACAGACAGGAGUAGCCCCACAAGCAACGGUGGAUUUACCGUCACAGCAGUUUUUGGUGCCCCCGAUUCCACGUCACGUUUUUCGCUUGACGCCAAUGCCGCCCCGUAUACCCCAACACCCCCAAUAUCAGCGCAGCCGGCAAGCGGCGCGGUGCCACACGCUGGUUUCACACCUAAUGGUGUACCGAGUGAUCCACUGCUACGUUUGUCACCUCAGACCAGCUCCCCUUCUGUUCCCUAUUCUGGGAGCAGUUCGAUGACUGCAGGUUGCGCCUUCCCCGAGAAACCGCGCUACACAUAUGUAUCAACACCCAUAGCGAAUCUCAGCACCUCACCGGGUAUUGGUUUAUUUGGCAUCAAGUCAUUUGGGCCUUCAAGUAUUGGUGGUGAGCCGUCUGAAACUCAGUCACGCAGUGAGGAAGGGUUGAGAUUCCCCACUGCGCAGUGGUCUUUUUGA